CAUAUCAUACUCCACGGCUCUCUUCGUGAACAGAGGGGCUGCCGGUGAGGAAACUUGACUCUGUCCCCUCUUUCCUUUCUUUUUUUCUCUCUAUGCCUCUUUUGUCCUCCAGCAGCGAUGUAGUCCUCUCUCUAACUUUAACAUCUCUUUGGCAAUGAAGCCUUGACGGACAUCUGUCACUCCACCUUUCUGGACAUCUGUGGAUUCUUUCCUUUCUUCUUUUUCAAAGUCGCCUCGUAUCUGUGUGCCUGGACCAUGGCCAUGAAGGAUAUCGUGCUCCCCAUCAGUGAGGUGUCCAGUCCGUACCCAGAGGUCGUAGAACUCAACGUCGGUGGCCAGGUGUACGUCACCAAGCGGUCCACGUUGGUCAGCGUACCUGACACCACCCUCCACACCAUGUUCACCCGUUACGCCCCGCAGGAACUUCCUCACGAUAGCCGAGGGCGCUUCUUCAUCGACCGCGACGGCUUCUUGUUUCGAUACGUCCUGGACUUCCUAAGGGACCGGCAGCUGGUGCUUCCCGAACACUUUCCGGAGCGAGAGCGUCUGCAGCGCGAAGCCGAACACUUUCAGUUGGGAGAACUGCUGAGGCUCCUGGGGCCACGCGUGGCCAAGCAGGGAUCUCUAAAUGAUGAGGGCUGUCAAAGUGACAUCGAGGAAAGUUCUCAAAGUAGCGAGCUGGUGACUCGAACCGGAAACAUCACAACGCACCAUGCGACUUUCUCCUCCGGCCUCGACAAGAGGUCAGGGUUCAUUACGAUCGGUUACCGUGGAUCGUACACGAUGGUGAGGGAUAACCAAGCCGACGCUAAGUUUCGACGUGUGGCGAGGAUCAUGGUGUGCGGGCGUAUUGCUCUGGCCAAGGAGGUGUUUGGGGACACACUGAACGAGAGUCGGGAUCCAGACCGUCCGCCGGAAAAAUACACCUCACGCUUCUACCUGAAGUUUACCUACCUGGAGCAAGCGUUCGACAGGUUGAGCGAAGCCGGGUUCCAGAUGGUGGCCUGCAACUCCACCGGAUCUGCUGCUUUUGUUAACCAGUACAGAGAUGACAAGAUCUGGAGCAGCUACACAGAGUACAUCUUCUUCAGGCCUGCCUGCAAGUCAGUAUCCCCUAAGCUUGAAUGUGAUGAGCCCAAGUGUGGGAAACUGCUAGAUAAGGCCAGUGAGAGCGGAGCGUCACUUAAUGAGCUCUCCACCUCCAGCUCUGAGACUCACUCUGAAGCCACUUCACCCCAGGACGGAGGACCGAUCCUGGUGUCACGCGGUGAGGUGGUCGGGGAAACCAGGGCCCCUUGCGGAGCGCUGCGUUCCGUCUCCCGGCCUCCGAGCACUCUCACUCUGGGUCGACCUCCUAAGAAAGGUUCCUCCGUGCAGUGGAUGGAAUUACCGGAAAAGAGGAGGAACAGCGAGCUGUUCCAGUCCCUUACCAGCGGUGUGGGUUCGAGGGAAGGUACGGGGUGCGGUCUGACCCGAAGGAAAACCUUGGAGAGGCCCAGUGCAGAGGAAGAAAUGAAACAGUGUAUCCGAGAGUUCCGAAAGAUCAGGAUCCCGCCGGCAUUCCCGGAGCGCAAGCGACAGUGGCAGUCGGAACUGCUUCAGAAGUACGGUCUAUAAAGAAACCUCAGGGGGGAUGUUUUACAUGUCAUGUUUGUUCAAUAAGUUUGGAAAUGCUUAAAGGCCUUGAUGCACAUUGAUAAACAAAACUGUAAAAAAAAAUGUAAAGUGGGAAUUCGGAAAUCGGACUUUCACUUUGUUUGCAAAAACGGUUGACAGCACAAUUCAUUUACUAUUCAUUUCUUUGAAAUCUGAAUAAAAACAACUACCAAAAAAGUGAAGAAAAUUGAUUUGAAGACGUUGUUAAAGAGAUUCAUGAACUGAAAGCCAUUUCAUUAAUGUCACUUAUUGUAAAUACUAACUCCAGAGAUCUUGUACUGUAUAAACUAUUGAAUUGAUUCUGUUGUCUUUGGUGUCAUGUGCCAAAGUGAAAGCAGAACUGAAUCCUUGUGUUGUCUUGCUGGACAAACGCAAUUUACUUGAACUGACACAUAACAUUAUUUCAUCAUAAGUCCUUCCAAAGUCAUUAGUAGGUAUACAUAUAUUACAGCCACCGUACUAUCCAUCAGGUGCGUUUGAGUUGAUGCGGCACCACGCAUAGUCAGACCAAGAGCAAGAUGACAUCAAAGUAUCCUGAAAACGAUAAGCGAAUAAAAAAUAAAAAAUGAACAAUUGAACAAAUAUCAGCAUGAUAACAACUACCUUAAAGGACCAAAACCAUCUAUCGGAAUAUUUUAUUGGAAGUGUAAAUAUUUUUUUAUUAAGAGCCGAGUCCCGUUCGUUUGCAUGGAGAGGGCGGGGUUUAUGACUUGUACUGCAGCCAGCCAGCAGGGGGCGAUCAAAGAGCCACCAGCUUCACUUUUCAAGAUGCAUGAGGCACACCUGAUAUGGACUCAUUGGCCCUGUCCCAAAUGGCACACUCCGGACUUGUGGACCUCCUCAAAGUCCACACUUUGAUGACAUCAUGUAGUGCAGACCCUUGACGCGAGUCCAAAAGGGCGCACCGGAGUCGUAUUUUGGGAAAGACUCCAGAGUCACACCGGAAAUAGGAAGAGAAGUGUGAACUUCUCCCUUCCAUCAUCUGAUUGGUCUGAUUCCUCUUUCGCAAGGACUUCUGGGUUGGUAAAGUGCAGAAGCCUGCUGCAGUGAAGACCGCAUCAAGGGUGCAAAGGGGGCGCUGAUGAGCACACUAUGGAGUGUAAAAAUGACAGAUGGGACAACCUACGGACUCGUAGACUAAGCGAGCACGUGCAAUUUAAGGCCAUCAGACUGAAAGUCCACAUGAAGUGUGCCAUUUGGGACAAGGCCAAUAAAGUAAGUGGGUUCAAUAUCACUGGUCUUAAAAAGUGGGUGGGUCUUGUGCCACCCACAUGGUUCCUACACCCAUGCUUUGAUGUCAUCGGCCUGUCAGUCUACGUGGUGCCACAUAAUAUCGAACACACAUUUCUAAUCGAAGAAGACACAGGCUUGUUAUCCAAACAUAUAUUGCAAGGAAAGCCCUUAUACUUGGAAGCGGCCAAAUAUGAGGUGCUUCUGGGAGGUUUUCGCAUCUUUAAAAAUGAUCAUGUGACUUACGCACGCCAUGUGACCUGUAGAUGUGAUAAAACUGUUUCUAUUGCAGUUUUGCGAUAAAUAGUUUUUUCGCAUAUAAAACGUUUUUGUAAGUGUUUCCAUUGGGCCUAUUUUCAUGCAAUUUGAAGGGUAAUAGAAACAGAACUAGUGUUGUGGUCACUGGGUCUCGGGUCCUGUGCCAAUCAUAUCUAAAUAAAAACAAAAAUUCAACUUAAAUAAAUACAUACGCGUUUUGUAUUCAACACAAAUAUUGGGUUUUAACCCAUUGUUGGGUCAAACAAACAUUUUCUGGGUUAUUUUAUUCCAACGACUGUGUCAAUUGAAAAUGUGUUUAUCGACAGUUACACAGUAGCACAGUUUUGGCUCUAUAAAAACAUGAAUGCCAGUCUGUUUUAGUUGUUGUUGACGGUAGAAGAUGAGAGAAGUAUUUCCAGGAUUUACUAAUAAGCCAUUGACAGAAGCUACAUUGUAAAACCUAAAAGUUAACUCAACACAAACCAUUUAAGUGAACCGUACAAAACACAUACAUUUUAGUACUGUGAAGUAAACAAAUUGAGUCAUAUGCUGUUAUGUACUUAUGUAUAAGUUCACACUACUUAAAUAUGAGUGCAUAAUUGCACAUGAUUUUUAUUUUUUAAAUUUAUGUGUUUUAAAACUUAAAUGGUCUAAUGUAACCGGUUUACUUAAAUGGUGUGAGUUAAGUUAACUGUUUUACAGUGAUACAAUACACACUAUGUUUUGUUUAUGCUUGUAAAGUCACGGCUUUAAACAGGACAGUAACAUAACAUACAGUAUGAGUUUCCCCAAAAUACAAUACACUGUAGUUCUGACCUGUUGAGUUUGCACAAAGUGAGGAUUUUGUCCAGUACAUAACUAAAGUCUUUGUGUACAGAAGAGGAUUAAAUUCAGAAAUAAUCUAUCUGUAUGUAUACUAGAGCGAGAUAAAACACUCAAAAGAGGAGUGAAAGCCUUAUUUCACUGCAGUUUGUACCUGGCCUGUAUGAUGUAAUUGAAAUUCUAGUCUUACCUAUAUCUGUGAAUUGUAUAUUCGGACGAUAUAAAUAAAAGUGAAGUAUAUAUUUGCUGAGAUAUAUUUAGAAUGAGCUUGUAGUGUUGAUCAGAUCCAAUGGGGAUGUGGGAAUUUUAUAUCAGCUACAGUAUGUAGAUAAAGUAUAUAAUAUGACUUUUUUCUCAUUACAACACUGUAGAAAUUGCAGUAUUAUUGGCAGCUGUUUGCCAGUAACUUACUGUAGAUUUAAAUGCAGGCUUUUUACUGGCAACAGUUAGUUCAAAGUUAAAUAAACAUUAAACAUUA